AUGUCUUCAAAAGAAAGACUGUCUAAGGAUGAGCUAAGAGGUCAAUUUUCAGAUUUACAGAAGAGAUUAUUUAGCAAAAAACCGCAACACAAUGCAUUAAAGGAAUCAAAUCAACCAAUCCUAACACCAUUACCAUUACAAAGCUCGUCACCAGAUCGAAACUUAAGUAUAGAACCGCUAGAUGAUCAAGAAAAUAAUUUGGGAGUCUUUUUACCACCAACCAAAAGAACAGCUAGUGGUUCGUUAAGUUCGACAGGUUCUAAGUCUAAAAGGUUAGAUUUAUCCCAAUCUCAUAAUUCGUCUUUGUCAAUGGGUCCGCAAUCUAAGGGAGAUGAUAUGAAUUUUGUUGUUGGAUUAAGUGAAAAUUUGUUGACUGAAUGUAGAAGAUUGAAUGCUGAGAAUAGUAAAUUGAAACUGAAAUUAAAAGGAGCAACUGAAGAUAUACAAUCAUUUAAAGAUGAAAUAUUAGAGUUGAAAAAUCAUAAUAAAAUUUAUAAUUCAAAUGAAUUGGAGUUGAAAGAAAAGAACUGGCAAUUGGAGAAUCAAUUAAUCAAUUUGAAUGAGGAAUUUUCAUCAUUGAACAAUGAUCAUGAUAAUUUAAAAAUCAUAAAGUCGGAAUUGGUCACUAAAAUAAAUACUUUAUCCAAAGAACAUGAUGAUAUAGAGCAGACUAAUAACUCAUUAAUCACCAAAAUUGAAAAUACUGAGAAAAACUAUAAAAGACAAAUUAGUGAAUUGAAUGAGAGAAUAAAUGGACUUAAUGAUGAAAAUGAUUCUUUACAUGGUAAAUUGUACGGAGACAAGAGUGUUCUGAUCAUUCAAGGUGAUAGUACAACAAGUGAAACCUCGAAUGCCAAUGAUAGUACAAUUGAUGAUGAGUCCAUUGAUUUCGACCUGUUGUUAAAAGAUAUAAAUACCCAUGAAAUACCAGAUACUGCAACGCUAGAUCAUGAAUCAGAGGUAGAUACACUUCGAUCAUUAUUACAACAUUCGAAUAAAAGUAUUGUUAAAUUAAGAUCAAAAAUCUUGAAUCUCAAAAAACAAGAAAUUGCAAAUAAAUCGAAAACAUCAAGUACAUCAUCAAUUUCGCAACGUACUCCAAUAAAUUCUUCAAUAAUCAAAAGAACAAUGGUCAAAUCAAAUAGAAAACAAUCCAAGAGAAAUUCAUUAAUAUCACCACUUAAAAAAGAUUCAACUUUCAGCAUAUACAACGAUAAUGAUAAAAGCGAUUUUGAAAAAUUCAGCAAUGCUGAUGAAGAAUGGGAAAACUUUUUAGGUGAAAACAUCCAACAUCCAACAUCAAAUAAGUCAUCACCAAAUAAACGAGGAGCCAACGACGUGUUGAAAUAUUUCGAAACUGAGGAUGAUACCACUAUCGAGAAUGAUGCAUCGAUACUUGAUGAAUCAUAUGUUGAGUCUCCAAUUAAAUCCAAGCAAGGUCAAAGACAAGAAGACAUUUCUCAAAGUAAAUUCAAUACUGAAUUAACCACUGAUCAAUUGGAGAAAAUUGCUGAAAGAAAAGGAUUGCAUUUGAUGACGAAUUUAGAGUAUCAAAAUUUGGUAGAUUCACAAAAGUCAAACAAAGACAAACUUGAUAAAAAUGCAAAGUUAUUAGAACUUAACAAAGUUGCCGGUUCAAUUAAUCAUACCGUUAUUCCAACAUCUGACUAUAAUUCAUUAAUUGAAAGUUCCAACAAUCCAUCUUUUGAACACCUCGCACUGAAAGCAGAAACAUUUAAUUCAAAAUUAAUCAAAAAAGAUGUUUUGAAAAACUUAGAAGAACCCAAUAAGCAUCAAGUCACAAAUUACGCCAAAAGACUCGGAUUAAGAGUUCUUACUGAAUCAGAAUUAAACGCGUUUAAAAAUCCAACUAAGGUUGAAAUUGAACAAAAGGCAAACAAGUUGGGCUUGAAAAUAUUAUCAGAAUCAGAAUUUCAAUCAUUGAAAAACCCAAAUCAUUCUCAGAUUAAAACACAAGCUAAAAGGUUAGAUUUUGAAUUAGUCUCCACAUCAGAUUUAAUGGUCUUGAAGAAUCCUGAUCAAGCAAAAGUUAAGGAGUUGGCACUGAAAUAUAAUCUACUAGCUAUUCCAUCUGAAGAGUAUCAUCAAACUAAGAAACAGAUGGAAAACCCAUCAAUUGAAUAUUUGAAAAAACAUUUAAGUACGCAUGAAUUUGCUGUGAUAGAAAAUGACAAAUUGAACAAUUUAAUUCAAAAAGUUGAAAAACCAACAAUUGUGGAUUUAAAAGCAAGUUGUGAAAAAAUGGAUAUGGUGGUUCUCAAUAAGAAUGAAUACAAGAUAUUGAAAGAAGAUCUGGUGCACAAUCAAAGUGUGGAUCAAUUAUCAAAAGUAAUAGCUGGUAAGGAUCAUGUCACGAUCUCGCAAGACGUGUACACUCAACUCAAAAAUCCUAGCCAGAAGGAACUUGUUAAAUUAGGACAAGCGAUGAAAUUGAAAGUUUUACCAGCUGAAGACUUCAAUAAUAUAACAACAGAGUUAAACUCUGUGAAAUCUAAGUUGGAAAAUCCUGAUAUGAAUGAAUUAAAAUUACAAGCUAAGAAAUAUGAUCAAGUAUUAUGUUCAGAUGCAGCUAUGAAAAAAUUGGAAUCAUUAGCUUAUUCGCCUGAUUUAUCUCACCUUAUUGAAUUAUUGAAAACUCAUGGAUAUACUCAUAUUAAAGAAUCUGAACUUCAAGAGCUACAAAGAUUCAAAUUGGCACCAUCUGAAAAAGAAUUGAAAGAAAAAGCUUCCAACUUGGGAUUCGAAUUGAUAAAUAAUGAUGACUUAAUGGAAUUGAAGAAGCAACUUAAUGAACCAACUUUGGAUUACUUAUCAUCGAAUUUAGAAAAACAUGAUUACACAGCAAUAAGCAAAGAUGAAAUCAAUAAACUUCGCAAUCCAACUCUUGAUGAAAUUAAAACACAAGCAUCCAAUCAUGAUCACGACAUCAUACUUAAUAAUGAAUGGGCCUCAUUGAGAUCAAUAAAGGAACAAUAUGACUCCCCUACAAUAGAAUAUUUACAAUCGAAGCUGAAAGUUUUGGAACAUUGUUUAAUAUCAAAGGAUCAAUGUCAACAAUUUGAUAAAUUGAAAAAUCCAUCAAUAGAAGAAAUAAUAGCUACAGGUAAAAAGCAUAAUCUUGCAGUAUUAAGUCAAGAUGAGUACAAUUUAAUUCAACAACAAAUAACUUCUCCAUCAAUUGAAUAUCUCAAGGAAAAGGCCUCAAUUUCUAACCUUGCUUUGAUCAAAGAUGAAGAAUUGAACAAAAUUAAAGAACUUGCACAUAAUCCAUCAAUCGAUCAUUUACAAACCCACGCAGAUAAAAACGAUUAUAAAUUCAUAUUAAACAAACGUUAUGAUGAAUUGGUUCAAACUGUUGAUAAACCAACAAUUGACUUCCUCAGUGAUGCUGCCAUUAAAAACAACCAUACAUUAAUAUCUACUGAAUCCUUCAACGACUUGAAAUCAAAAGCUGAAAUUCCGGAUCUUGAAAAACUACAUUCAUUAGCCGCUGCUAAUCAAUAUGUCUUAGUAACUAACAAGGAAUAUGCCGAGCUCAAACAAAUAACAGAUUCACCAACUUUAGAUUAUCUUACGGGUGUUUCUAAAAAUCUAGGUUAUGAACUUAUUAUGCAUGAAGAGUUAGCUCAGUUAAAAGAUCAAGCCAAUUCAAAAAAUAUUGAGCACAUCACAAAGUUGGCCAAUAAUGCAGGAUAUGAUAUAUUUGAAACAGAACAAUUGAGGACAUUACAAAAUACCAUGGAAGCUCCACUGGUUGAAUUUAUUAAGUCGAAGGCAAGUAAUUUGGAUCUCGUUGUUGCUGAUAAAUCAGAAUAUGAAAAAUUAAUUGAACCAUCUGAAUUUAAUAUUAAACAAGCUGCUGAAAAGUUGGAUUUACAUGUUUGUUCAGUUUCGGAAUUUAAAGAACUCAAACAUAAAUUAGAAAACCCAGAUUUAUCUUAUUUGAAAGAGUUUGCAUCUCAACAUGAAUCGUCGUUAAUCAAAGAUACUGAUUUGAAGGAUUUGAAGGCAAAAGCUUAUGAACCAAGUGUAGAUCAUAUUAAGGAAAUGAGUAAAAAACACGAUCAUAUAAUUUUACCUAUUGCGGAUUAUGAAGCAUUGAGUCAAUUAGCUGAAAACCCAUCAGAAGCUCAAAUAAGAAAGUCAGCAAAAUCAAAAGGAUUUGAAUUAAUUUCUGAAGAUGAAUUAAAAGAAUAUUUACAACCACCAAAACAUAUGAUACAAAAGCAUGCGUCUUUUUUAAAUAGUUCGAUCGUAUUGAAUGAAGAAUUACAAAGGUUAAAAGACAUUGAGAACAAACCUUCAUUGGAUUUCAUAAAAUUGAAAGCAGCCAAUGCUGAUCAUAUGUUAUUAACUUCGGCUGAACAUGCCGAAUUGGUGGUAAAAGCAAAUGACCCUACCAAAGAUCACAUUACUCAACAUGCUGAAAGAAUUGGGCUUGUGACCUUAUCUAAAGAUGAGUACAAGAAGUUGAAUGAUAACAUUGAAAACCCUACAGCUGAAUAUAUUAAAGAAAAAGCUUCUGCAAAAGGCUAUGAAAUAAUUGAAAAAAGCAAGCUUGAAAAUUUGAAAGAUAAUUUGGAUAAUCCCUCUUCAACGUAUUUGAAUGAAAAAGCUAAAAUUUAUAAUUCAUCUUUAGUGGAUGAUGAUUUAUAUAAAGAGUUGAGCAAUAUUGUUAAAAAUCCUACACUUAAUAUGCUUGAGGAAAAAGCAAAAGUCUAUAAUUGUCAAAUUAUAAAGGCCGAAGAAUUGGAAGAAUUGAAAAGCUAUAAAAAUAAACCGACUAAAGAGAAUGUAGAAGCUGCAGCGAAAUCAAUAAAUAUGAUAGUGUUGGAUCAAUCGGAAUUUAAGAAAUUGAAGGAAAGUUUGGACUCACCAACUAUCGAAUACAUCACGGAUAAUGCAAAUAAAUUGAACUAUAGUGUUGUCGAAACUACUGAAUACAACAAAUUAGUCACCUUAAUCAAUUCACCUUCAAAAGAACAUAUAGAAGAACAAGCACAAUCUGUAGGUUUGGUCAUUUUGCCUAAAAUAGACUAUGAGAAACUAUUAUCUAAAAUUGAAAAUCCAACAGUCAAACAGUUAGGUACUUCAGCUGAAAAGUUUAAUAUGCAAUUGAUUGGAACUAGUGAAUUAGGUGUUUUGAAAAACCAAGUUGAUAAACCAAGCUUAGAUCAUUUAAAAAUGAAGGCUAAAAGUCACAAAAUGGAAUUGGUAAAAUCAGAUGAAAUUUUGUCGCUUAAAGAGCAGAUUGAAAAACCAAGUGAUAGAUAUUUGGCUGAUAAAGCUUCCUCAAUUGAUCAUACGUUAAUCGGAAAUGCAGAAUUAGAACAAUUGAAAACUAAUGUUGAAAAUCCAUCGAUUGAAUAUUUGAAAAUCAAAGCUGCUUCAAAAAAUUACAAAGUCAUUGAUGAUGCAAAAUUUACUAAAAUGGAAGAAACCAUCAAUUCUCCAUCUCUUGAAUUUUUGAAAGCUAAUGCAAAUAAGAGUCACAUGGUGGUCAUCAGCGAUGAAGAGUAUCAAUCUCUUCUGGAACCAAAUGAGGAUUUGUUGAAUACAAACGCUUCAAAAUUAGGAUUUGCACUUGUCAAAAAACCAGAGUUACUACAGUUGAAAAAGAAGUUGGAAAUGCCCAAUAUUGAAUAUUUAGAGGAAAAAUCAAAUGCUUUGGAUUACAAGGUUAUAUCAAAUACUGCAUUUGCUAACUUAAGGUCCCAAAUCGAUCAACCUACGAAUGAAUAUUUAAUUGAAAAAUCUGCUUUGGGUGGAUUUAAAUUAAUAAAGGAUGAUAUUUAUAAGACUUUAAAAGAUGAAGCUGAAACCCCAAGUAAGGACCACAUUAUUGAUAAAUCCAAUAGGUUAAAUCUCAAAGUUUUGGAGGUGAAAGAGUAUGAAGAAAUGAUUCAUAAAAUUAAUAAACCAUCGUUGAAAGAACUUCAAGAGAAAUCAAAAAUAUAUGGUCAUGUCACAAUUCCGAUUGCUGAACUUGAAAAGUUACAACAUUAUCAACAAACUCCAAUUACUGAGAUUGCAAAAAGUCAAAAAAUGGUGGCUAUACCAGAUCAAGAAUACUUGGAUUUACAGCAAAAAUCAUCGAGGUCUUUAGAGGAGUUUGCUGAGACAAGUGGUAAAAUUGUUGUUUCACCAUCAUUGUUCCAAGAGUUGAAAGUUAAAUCCACAAAGUCUAUAGAGGAACAUGCAAAGGAAAAGAACAAAGUUUUAUUAUCACCAGAAGAAUAUUCAGCUCUUAAACAAAAGGAAAGUAGAUCAUUGGAAGAUGUAGCUAAAGAACUGAAUAUGGUUGUCAUAUCUCCUAUUGAAUUGACGAAUUUGAAAAUCGAAGCGGGAAAGAGUCUAACCGAACGAGCUAAAGAAAGUAAUAUGGCAUUGUUGACCAAUGAUGAAUAUGAUGAAUUGAAUUCUUUAAUCAAAAACCCAAACUUAAGUACGUUGAAAGAGUCUGCAAAGAACCAAAAUUAUGAAUUAAUAUCCAUCGAAGAAUUAGAAAGUCUUAAGAGUUUGGCAGAUCAAUCUUUUGAGCUGAAAGCAGCUGGUGAUGGUUACACGGUGGUCGAAAUUACAAAUUUGAGACAAUUGGACGCAGAAAGUGCCAUAGCUUCAGGAUAUUUUGUCAUACCAACAAGUUCAUAUCAAAACUUUGUUAAAUUUUUGAAAAGUCCAUUUGAGAUUUCAAUUGGUCUUGAAGAAAUUAUUUUGUCCCCCAAAUCUAGAUUUAUCGAAUUAACUGAAACAGAAAAGUCUCCUUCUUUAGAAUUUAUAACUUCGAAAGCCGAAGCAUUGAAUCAUGUUGUUGUUGCGGAAAAUGAUUAUUCCAUGUAUGUUAGUAAUUUCCAUGAUCCUGAAAUCUCAUUUUUGGAAGAAAAAGCAGCCAAAAAUAAUAACAAAAUUAUCAGUUUACCUGAAUUUGAUAGUUUGCUCAAUAAAUUGAAGUCUAGUGAAAGUGAGAAGGAAACUGCUUCUUGCCAAAUUUUAAAUCUCAAAAAUCAAUUAUCUCAAGCACAAACGGAAAAACAAGGUGAGUUGGAAUUUGUAAAUAAUCAAAUGACGAAAUUAGAGAAGGAAAAAGAGGAAGCCAUUAAAGAACUAGACAUUGUGAAGAAGACAUUACAAAAUCCUCAAUUUUCAUACAUUCAAGACAAAGCAAACGAACACGAAUCGGUGGUCAUUGAUGAAUCGAAGUACAAUGAAUUAAUAUUGAAAGCCACUGAAAGUUUGGAUGAUAAAGCUACUGCAGCAGGUUUUGUAUUAGUGGAAAGUUCUAGAUAUAAUUCAAUGAAUGAAGAUUUAACAAAAUUACAAAACGAUUAUCAAAAAUCCAUCAAUCUUAGAUCAAAAUUGGAAGUUCUGAAUAUAGAAUUGCAAAAUUCGAACUCAAAUUUGACUGAGAAUUUGAAUAAUCCUUCCUUAAAUUAUUUAAAUUCAAAAGCUGAAUUAUUCGACCUGAAAGUUGUUGUUAUGUCAUUUUUCAAUAAUCUUGAGGCAAUUGUUGCUGAUCCAACAAAUGAGCAAAUCACUGAAAUAGCUGAAAGUUUGGGAUUGAAAGUUUUACCAUCUGAUGAUUUGUUGAAACUAAAUGCGAAUGCUAAUAAGUCAUUGCUUCAAAAAGCGGAGGAGCAACAGAUGAAAAUUCUACCAAUUCAAGAGUUUGAAUCAUUAAUGAAUAAUUAUCAAAGUUUGGAACAGGAUAAUUCAAAUCUUAGUAAAAAGAUUAACAACCCUGAUUUGAUUUUUUUACAAGAGCAUUGUGAAAAAAUGGGACAACUAAUGUUGAAUAAGGAUUUGGUGCAUGUUAUUAAAGGGGACUGUGAAAACUCAGAAAUUCCUUCAAAAGCUGAGAACGUAUUAUUAAGUAAAGCGAACUACGACAAUUUAAAUAGAUCGGAUCUCGAAACUAUACAAUCCCGAGCAAAAGCUCUUUCUCAUGAUAUAAUACCAGCAAAGGAACUUGAAACUUUUAAUGAAAUGAUUAAAAAGCUUCACGCCAGCACGAAUGAAGCACCAGCAGCGGAUUUGUCGAGUGAUAAAGAUCAAGACAUUACAGAAACAAGUGAUAGUCGAGACGGAGUUACAGUACUAGAUCAAAUUUUGACAGAAAAGAAAUUGCUUCUGUCGAAACAAGUUGGGUCGGAAAACACCAUUCUUUCGUUAAAUGAACAGAUUGAAGAAUUGAAGCGUGAAUUGAAUGAUAGUGCCUAUACUGCAAAUGUUGAAAAAUCUCCACAUGGCGAGAAAUUAUUAUCCAUACCUGAAGAUCAAUACGUUGCCACAACAACUAAUCCAAUUCCUGACGUUGCUAAUGUUAAAGUUAUUCCGAUCACGUAUUUUAAUCAGUUAUUAAAAUUCAAAUCUACAAGUAUUGACAAAAUCACUAGAGAAGAGUUUGAAAAGUUUGCAUUGAAAAAAGGAUUUGUGCCAAAAGAAGAAGUUAAGCAAUUCACUCCUCCAGCUACUGUUUUAGAGAAUCAUGAAACACAAACGCCUCCACAUAAAAUUAUCAGUUCAACCACUGCUUUUGCACCAACAAUUCAAAGAGGUGUGCCACAAUCUCAAUCAAUUAGGUCCAAUUUAUCAGAACGUUCUAUAGCGGGUGCUUCUAUCAGAUCAAAUGCAGUAUUCUCAAUGGCCACUGAUGUCUCUUUCACAGAUAAAUCAAUGAUUCCUGCAAUAACUCAAGUUGUAAUCGGAGAAUAUUUGUUCAAGUAUUAUAGAAAAUUUGGUUCUGCAUUGAGUGCAAUAGCUUCAACUAGACAUGAAAGAUAUUUCUGGGUUCAUCCUUAUUCUUUGACUUUAUAUUGGACGGAAAACAAUCCAGUUUUAUCAAGCUCAACAUCAAGUAAGACAAGAGCAGCUGCUAUUUUGGGAGUUGAAAGUAUUGAUGAUAACAAUCCAUUGCCAACAGGUUUAUAUCACAAAAGUAUUGUUGUUCAUUCGACUGAUAGAUCCAUCAAAAUUACUUGCGCUACAAGACAUCGUCAUAAUAUCUGGUACAAUGCCCUUCGUUAUUUAAUUAAUAGAAACAUUGAUGAGUUAAUAGUUGACGAGGACGAAAAUGACAAUGAUUUUGACAGAAAGAAUAAUCAUAUUUCGGAUCCUCAUUCACCAUCAACUUUUCAUCCUCCUAAAUCAGAAUCUCAUAGAAAUUUGGAAAGUUUGCUAGAUACUGGUGAUAGAAGAGCUUAUCCUAGACCGAAGAGAAAAAGUUCACAACAAUUUUUAGUCACACCUCCAUCAACUUCAUCUGGUAGAUUAUCAAGAAUGCAAUCAUUAAGAAAAAAUGAUUAA